GGGGUCUGAAAAAGCAAGACCAUUUUGUCGCAUUCGUCUCCUUCCGGUGCGUAUCACGCAAUUUUUUUUAGGGCACUUUCAUCAAAAUUUCCACGAUUUGGAUGAUGAAGGGUCAAUGACCUACGAGCGAUGACAACACUGAUUACAGCUGAAAAGCUAGAAUCAAAGAUAAAGGAUGAAACUAUUUUAACCCAACAGGAAAUACAAACCAAAGACCCUAAGCUCACUGUUCAACAGAAUCCUAGCCCAAAUAAAGAGGAGAUUUUGAAAGACAAUUUCCCUCUACUGUCCUCAAUAAACGUUAAGUGUGGUGGCUGCGGAAAGGAGGCAGUGGUCCAUGAGGACGACGCGCCUUCCCAUCUGACCGAAUCCUCCUACAUCUGCGAUAUCUGCAAAUCAAGAGCCCAGAAGAAGCUGCGCCUCCACCAACUCCUCAACGGCAAGGUGCCCUCUGAAGAACUAAAGCGGGUGGAACCGAAGCUGAAGCACUCGUGCCCGGACUGCGGUAAGGAAUUCAUCUCGCAGACCGAUCUGCAGAGACAUGCGAACAUCCAUAGGGGAUUGAAGCCGUUUUCUUGCGAUACCUGCGGGAAGUCCUUUACGCAGAGCGGUAGUCUGAAGCGCCACCUAUUGACGCACACCGACGUUAAGCCACACCAUUGCAAGGUUUGUGGACUGAACUUCAAGGGCCAUCUUGCCCGUCAUAUGAGAACCCAUACGGGGGAGAAGCCAUUCAAGUGCCAGAUUUGCCAGAAAGGGUUUUACAAGAGUGAGCUAUUGAAGAAGCAUCUGACGGAGCAUAUGAGAGACGGGAGUGUUACCUGUUCUAAAACACAGCUAGACGAUAUCGUUCAGAAGAACCAUCAGCAGACGUGCUUGAUCUGUGACAAGACUUACACCAGCCCAGGACACCUUGCCAGACACAUGAAGCAGCAACACAACAGUCAGAAUGUCCUCAGGUGUGGUGUAUGCACCGAGGUGUUCAGCGCCAAGGAAGCACUGCAGGAACACCUUCAGGGCCACAGCAAGGAAGACCUUGCAGCAAUCAUCGCUGCCACAUUUGCCAAUGCUACUGCAUUGACCAAUGGGAUGCCUUCUGCUCCUGAUGAAGAGGAGGCUGUCCCGGACAAUGAAGAACCUCCGAUGAAGGAGCAACCUUCCCCUGCAGCAAACACCCCAGAUAAUAUGCCAUCACAGAGUGCAGUCCCAGAGGAACAUGCUUGCCUUGAUGAUCGGGUGACCUGUGGGAUCUGUGGCCAUGCCUGUUGCUGUAGUACUACUUAUCCUUGUCUUUCAUUGCAGAGUGCAGUCCCAGAGGAACAUGCUUGCCUUGAUGAUCGGGUGACCUGUGGGAUCUGUGGCCAUGCCUGUUGCUGUACCAAUUACAUCCCGCUUCACAUGGUGAAUCAUGAAGAGACUAUGAUCCAGUGUAGGUCCUGUGGAAUGGACUUUGCCCCAGCAGGUGUAAACACCACAUCUCAGAUCUGCAACGUGUGUAAACCGGAGCAGGCAGAAAGCGGAGCAGGAGCAGAACUCCAGAAGGUGGAAGCGGAUGAAACAGACGAUCAAGACAAUCUCCAUGAUGAUCUUCAUGAAGACGACGGGUUUGAUGACGGCUCGGGAAAGAGAUACCAAUGUCUCCAGUGUGACAAGUCGUACAAGUUCCUGAAGCAUCUCAAAGAGCACGCCCGUGUCCAUGCCGGUGGGUACCGACCGUACAAAUGCAAUACCUGCGGCAAGUUCUUCUCUAAGAGAUACCACCUGAAUCGGCAUCAACUGAUCCACGCAAGAGUCGAAAGACAGCAGCAGGAGAACCAAUCCAGCUCGCACGGUGCACCAGUCCGGGGGAGAAUGGGCAGGCCGCCACUGUAUACAGGGAUGAGGGGUAGAAUUGGGCGGCCACCAAUUCAUUCCACAGUGAAGGGGAGGAUUGGAAGACCACCGUUGCAUACCACAGUGAGGGGGAGAAUUGGAAGGCCUCCUCUCUAUUCAGGGAUGAAGGGUAGAAUUGGCAGACCUCCGCUGCAUAGGGUGUCUGAGGAGAGGGUUGAUAGGCCGCCAGCGGAGACCACAGUGAAGGGGAGAAUCGGCAGGCCUCCACUGCAUAGUGUAAUUGAAGGGAUUAUCGACCGACAGCCUUCGGAGACCCUGGAAAAGGCAACGGGUGGCAGGCUUCCAAUGCAUAUCGUGGCGAUCAAGCGGAAAGUCGGUAGCCCACCGCUUUUGGAGAGCCCCCCAGAGCCGACCAUUGUCCAGCCAGCCGUUCCGGUCCAGGAGAACAUGUAUGCGAUACCGAGACCACUGUCCAGGCAUAUGCCAUUUGUGUGCUGCGCCUGUGGGAAAGGGUUUCCGAAGAGGGUACCUUUGAAGCGUCAUCUUCUGAAUCACCUUCGUGAAGGUACCAUCCCAAAGGAUCAUCCGCAGCUCGAUGAAAUGAAGGUCAAUUCCUACGUGAACGCGAACGUAGGCAUUUCGCCGCAACUCCAGUCGUGUCCCGUAUGCGGCAAGGUGUGUAAAGGGCUCCACCUCCAGCGUCACAUGAAGAUCCAUUCAGAUGACGAAAUCAAAAGGGCUAGAGACAGUAACCAAGGGGCGUCUCCACAGCUCCAGAAGCAGCAGAGCAGUCCACAGCAGAGGGUGGCUAUUGCAAAACCUCAUCCCGGAAUCGUCUAUAUGAAAGAUGAAGCCCCUGCAUCUCCUGAUGGUGAUGAUUUCAAUGAAGGAGACUUGGAUCAUUUUGGCAACGAUGAUUCAAUGCCAAUGUCGAUGGACAAUAUCCUAAAUCUUGGUCAGCAGGAGCCCGAAGUUGUGAAGGAGCAUGAAUGUCUGAACGACCAGGUGAAUUGUGGGAUAUGCGGACACAGCUGCUGCUGUGCAAACUACAUAACAUUCCACAUGGAGAUUCACAAUGAGGAAUCUGACACAUGCGGCAAGUGCGGGAAGGAAUUGGGUGACCUCCCAGCCACUCGAGUUCAAGGUGGACGCAUCUGCAGCAUUUGCACUUCCCGCUCGAGGAAACAGAUGCGCCUCCAUCAGAUUCUCCGCAACAAGGUCUUGCCGCCUGAUUCGCCAGUCAGUGAAUCGACGCCGCAGCGGUUGGAGUGUCCACAAUGUCCAAAGAGCUUUGUCGAUCGCCGGUCCUUCCGGGAGCAUCUCCGCAUCCAUUCAGGCGAGAAGCGCUACCACUGCUCCUUCUGUGGAAUGGCAUUCUCGCACAGCCGCAACUUCAAGCGUCACAUCCAGAGGCACACUGGCGAGAAGCCCAACUGGUGCCAUAUCUGCAAUAAGGGUAUCUCGGGACACCUUGCCAGGCACAUGCGGAGCCACUCUGCAGAGAAGAGCUAUGUCUGCAACAUGUGUGGCAAGGGUUUCAACCGUUCAGAACAUCUCAAGAGGCACCUGAAGACACACCUUGGCUCGAAAGAGCAGUACCAGUGCCAUAUCUGCGCAAAGAAGUUCAUGCGGAAGGAGCACUUGAAGCGACAUGUGAAGUCUCACAUGGAUGGUUCUCUUGGAUCAGGGGGAGAUGCUACAUCUUCUGAAGCAAGCCCAGUCAAACCUGUGCGUCCUCCAGUGAAUGACCAGCCCUACAAGGAACAUCCCUGCACCUACGAUGUUGCUGUGUGCGGUCUUUGUGGUGACGUCUGCUGUUGUGCCAACUACAUUCCCUAUCACAUGGAAGUGCAUGGAGAAAAGGCCGAAGACUACAUCGAUGGGCGUCUAGUCAAGAAGGAAGUCACGCCCAUGCAAGGUGGUGAUGGUGGAAGGACAGUCAGGGAACACUCCUGCACCUUUGAUCCAGUCUCCUGUGGCCAUUGCGGAGAGGUUUGCUGCUGUGCAAACUACAUACCCAUACACAUGGAACUUCAUGGAGAGAAACCAACCGACUUUGCCAAAGACCAGAUCCUCAAGAAUGUCAGAGAAGAAGUCCAGAUGAAGGUUGACGAACGGAUCCCAGAGGAAGCCCCUGAAUCACCUGUGGAACAAUUGAAAGAUCACUCGUGCUUGGGAGAAAAGGUUGUCUGUGGUAUUUCUGGUGAGACAUUCUGCUGUGCCAACUACAUUGCGCUCCACAUGGUGAAGCAAACCAAGCAGGCUGCAGAGACAAGAGGACAGGAUCAUCCUGAUGAUAUCCUCGAGAAAGCUCUUCAUGCUUCUGAGAUCAUUGGCGAUGUCAAACCACACCCUUGUACUCACGAAAUAGUCAGCUGUGGGGUCUGUGGAGAGCCAUGCUGUUGCCCAAAUUACAUUCCUUUCCAUAUGGAGCUGCACAGUGAAAUCUUGAACCAGGAGACAGUCGUCCAAGAGGAGGUUGUGGGCAUUACCAAUGAAGAAAUACCCAUGGAAGAAGAAGCUCAUGAAGCUGAUACUACAGGUGAGAUUCAAGAAGUCCCAGCUUCAGUUGCUGGAGAAGUUGUUGAAGCUCCCGAGGCAGUUGAAGCGCCAAGAGCAGUGACAGCAUCAGAGACCGCCGAGGUUGUGAUUAAUGGUGGUGCCGGUGCACGUGCAGUGGUAGAAGAACAUACAGAAGAGUUUGACUGGGCCAGUGUCGCCAAUUUCCUCCAGGGAAUCCCUGAGCCAGAUCCACUACCUGUUCCUCCGCCCAUGGCCACCGUGACCAACGUUGAACCUUUGAACGGAUCACCAGUGAAGGUGGAACCUACCCAGGGUCAAGUCCAAGAGAGUCGGGUGGAUGAUCAUAUAUGUCUUCAAGCUCAGGUGACCUGUGAAACCUGCGGCCAUGUCCUGUGCUGCAUCAACAACCUCAUCCCUCACCUGGACACCCACAAGGUCAUGACCGUACAGUGUGAGGUGUGCCACCAAGAAGUAGAGAUGACCAGGACUGCCACGGUGAUGAAAGACGGCGUGAAGAUCUACAAGUGCGGUGCCUGCGUGAUGGGCCUGCCAACGAUGCCGUCAAGGUCCUCCAGACCUGCACAGGUAAGAGAUUCCGAAGGAGGCCCCACACCGAGUAAGAAUAUCCCUUGUCCGCACUGCCCCAGGGUGUUGAAGUGCCGCAAGGAUUACACCAGGCAUAUCAAGAUCCAUGCGGAAGUCAAGCCUUACAAGUGUGACCUCUGCGGCAAGGAGUUCACAGCUAUGGCCAACUUGAGGCGUCACCUGGAUGCGCAUGCUGGGGUGAAGGCGCAUGAAUGCAAGAUCUGCGGGCAGUUCUUCAGCGGACACAUGGCCCGUCAUAUGAGGACGCACACCGGGGAGAAGAAAUACAACUGCGAGAUCUGCCCCAAGGGUUUCAAUCGAAUGGAGCAUCUGAAGAGGCACCUCUGGCAACAUCUCAAGGAUGGCAAUGCUCCAAGCGAUCAUAAACAGCUACUUGAAUUAGGCGUAACAAGGGACAACGCCCAGCCCAGUGAAACCUCGCCGUCAAAGAGCAACUGGUGCGACAUUUGUCACAAGAUCGUCCCCGGUCGUCUGGCCAGGCAUAAGAUGACGCACAGUGACGUGAAACCGUACCAGUGCACCCAAUGCGACAAGGCUUUCUACCGAUCGGAACAUCUGAAGCGCCAUCUUGAGGUGCACGCCAGGAAGGCACAAUUUACUGGGCUGAUGCCGACAGAGGCGACGGCAUGAAACAAGUUAUUGUGAUUUUUUAAAGUUUGUUCCAGCAAUAUAUGCACAUGAAAUUGAAGCCUAAUAUAAUUCAAAUUGAACAAUCCAAGGUGGCACCUCGAGGUUCAUGCCAA